AUGUAUGACUUCACGGUCGACAGCGCGUCGGCCCCGGGCGUCAUUCGCCUCGGUCUCCCUCCGUCGUCCCUCCUGAACUUCCCUCCGAGCGAGUUUCCCGCGACCGUCCCUGCGCCUCUGAUCUCCGAGCCGACGUGGUACCAACCCUUCAACAUCCCCCCGACGCUCUACAACCAGGUCUUAGAUGUGCGCGUGCCCAUCACCAUUGCCAGCGUCUACGCCGUGACCGUGAUCCUCGUCAAUCGCCUGAACAAGAGCCGGGGAUACAAGCCCUACGCUUUCAGCCAAACCACCCUCUUCAAGCUCUUCGUCAUCCUACACAAUGUCUUCCUGGCCGUCUACUCGGCAUGGACCUUCGUGGGCAUGAUUCGCGCGUUCCGGAACUCGUGGCCCAGUCGGGAUGAUCCCAACUACGUUGCUGCUGUCGCCGAUACUCUGUGCAAGGUCAAUGGCCCCCGUGGUUACGGUAACGCCGCCACGUACGACCCUUCGGUCGAGCAGUGGACGUUCCGCAACCCGGAGUACAAGCUGGCUGCAGGAGGCGUUCCCGAUCCCGCCGAUCUUGGUCGUCUCUGGAAUGAGGGAUUGGCCUACCUGGGGUGGAUCUUCUACCUUUCCAAGUUCUACGAGGUCAUUGAUACGGUCAUCAUCCUGGCCAAGGGCAAGAAGAGCUCGACUCUUCAGACCUACCACCACGCUGGCGCCAUGAUGUGCAUGUGGGCUGGUAUCCGUUACGUCGCGCCUCCGAUCUGGAUCUUCACCCAGGUUAACUCGGGUAUUCACGCUCUGAUGUACACCUACUACACUGUGACUGCUCUGCGCUUCCGCGUCCCCAACGUGAUCAAGCGGUCCCUGACCACCAUGCAAAUCACUCAAUUCAUCAUUGGCUCCACUAUGGCUGCUUCCUACCUGUUCUUCAGCUACACUCUUCCUUUGAACGAGUCUGCCGCGGUUCCCCCUGUCGAUGUCUCCGCCAUCCCUGCCGGGGCCGCAGGCGCCGGCCUGGUGCCAUGGCUUAAGAAGAUCGCCUUCCGCGCCGCCGGUGCGGAGGGUAUCGCCGAGAAUGUGGGCGUGCCCGAAGACUCUGCCACUGCGCGGGUGCUCCGGGUUGGUCCGAUGGUCACUUGUAUGGACACCACCGGCCAGGGCUUCGCCAUCUGGCUCAAUGUCAUGUACCUCCUGCCUUUGACCUACCUCUUCGCCCGCUUCUUCGUCCGUUCAUACCUCUAUCGCAAGGAGCCCGGUACCCCGAAACCCACCCACAUCCACGCGGCCGAGCAAGCCGGCUUGGACGCUCUGAAGGGCGUCAGCCGCGAGAUCCGCAAGGCGGCCGAAAUGAGCGGCGAGACCAGUGAAGUGACGGAAGAUGAGGCCGUGAGCAAGGUCCAGACGCUCCGCGCCAGCGCCAAAGCGCAGGACAACUCUCCCAUCCGGACCCGGGCCACCACCGCCAAGCAGAGGUCGCGUGCCGCCACCAGCGAUCCCGACUCCGACACCGGUUUCGCGACCGUCUCCAGCAAGAAGGGCGCUAAGAAGGCCACCAAGGAGGAUAUCCAGAGCUCUCCCAGCGUCAAGGACCCCAAGGGUGCCAACCCCUAUGAGGUUCUGGACCGCUCCGCCUAG